AGUGCCACAAGACACAGUUUACAUAACUGUUGAAGCAAUAAUGUGGUAUGGUGGAUACAUAUGUUUUAAAGGCACUGACCGCAAGAUAGUAUGACAACCAAAAAAAGAAAAUUUCAGAUAUCAGGAAAUUAUAGCUAUAUUUCUUUAAAGGACAAGAAAAGCCUGACAACAUUUUUACAGAUGCCAAGUAAGAUAAUAGUACUGUGCAGAACCUCACAUCAUCUUUUCAAGUCAAACAUCGUGAGUAGAGUUUCCUGUCAGACAGCAAAUAUGUCAUCAUUAGUCAAAGACAAAGCAUAUGUAAAUGGUCAGUGGAUAUCAGCAAAAAGUGGGGCCACAUACCAAGUGACAAAUCCAGGAAAUGGAGAAGUGGUUGGCACAGUGCCAGAUAUGAAUGCUGCUGAUGCUGAAACUGCAGUUCAAGCAGCAUUCAAAGCGUUCCAGACCUGGAAAAAGACGACCGCUAAGGCACGUGGUGAAGCUCUCAAGAAAGUAUAUAAAAUGAUACUGGAAAACAAGGAUCAGUUAGCAGAACUAAUCACAAUGGAAAAUGGUAAACCUCUAGCAGAAGCAGCUGGUGAGAUUGGUUAUGGUGCAAGUUUUUGCGAGUGGUUUGCAGAGGAAGGGAGACGUGUACAGGGCAACAUCGUCUGCAGUCCGUUUCCUACAAAACGUAUAUUUACUCUAAAACAACCAAUUGGUGUUUGCGGAAUGAUCUCACCAUGGAAUUUUCCUAAUGCAAUGAUAACAAGAAAAGCAUGUGCAGCCCUUGCAGCAGGAUGUACAGUGGUGAUCAAACCUGCAGAGGACACGCCCCUUUCUGCUCUAGCUCUGUGUGAGUUGUUUGAGAAAGCAGGAGUUCCUAAAGGUGUAUUUAAUGUAGUAACCUGUGAUCGAGGUAAUGCCCCCGAGGUUGGGAAGGUAUUAUGUGAGAGCCCUCUUGUAUCUCUUAUCUCUUUUACCGGAUCAUCUGCUGUUGGAAAGAUAUUACUGCAGCAGAGUGCAAGUACAGUAAAGAAGUGCAGUAUGGAGCUAGGAGGAAAUGCUCCAUUUAUUGUGUUUGACAGUGCUGAUGUUGACACUGCAGUUGCUGGAGCUAUGGCGUCAAAGUUCAGGUGUACUGGUCAGACAUGUGUAUCUGCCAAUAGGUUCCUAGUUCAGGAAGGUAUUUAUGGGGCUUUUGUUAAGAAGCUAGGUGAGGCAAUGGACAGUCAGUUGAAAGUGGGUUACGGUAUGACAAAGGGUACAACACAAGGGCCUCUCAUCAAUUCAAGGGCUGUGGAUAAGGUUGAUACAUUUGUGCAAGAUGCAGUAAAGCAAGGAGCAAAGGUUGUAUACGGAGGUCAGAGAAGUUCUGUCGGCAAAUCAUACUAUGAACCGACGUUAUUACAGGAUGUUACACCAGAUAUGUUGUGUGUGAAGGAGGAAAUAUUUGGUCCAGUAGCCGUUUGUUUGAAAUUUAUUAGUACAUACAGCAGAAUAAUAAUUUCUCACAACUGUUACUUUACUUUAGGUUAUGUUUACACAAACAAUUCAGCCCAGCAGUGGAGAGUAGCCGAGGCCCUAGAAUAUGGAAUAGUAGGUGUAAAUGAAGGGCUGUUUUCAACACCAGAGGCCCCAUUCGGGGGUUACAAAGAGUCGGGACUGGGGAGAGAAGGGGGUAUAGGGUUUGGAAUUGAAGAAUAUCUUGAAGUGAAAUAUGUAUGUUUGGGAGGAAUGUCUUGAACUAAAAGAAACUAAUGUAUGAAAUGACUAGUCUGACUGGCCAUUGUGAUAUAGCAAAUGGUUAUGCAUGUGGAUAAACAGAAUAAUUAACUCUUACAGUAAAUGAUCUUUGUUUUCACCGUGAUAACCUUUCUACUAAGGUUAAUGUGUUAUACAUAUGGAUUAUUUACUGGGCAUGUAGUUUUUUAUAGUUAUAUAUUUUUGAAAAGGUCACAUGAACUGAAAAGUUCACAUAAACAGUGCCAAAUUGGAUAUAAAUGCAUUUUUAAUCAAGAGUUGAGGAUGUCAUAUGGAGUACUGAAACUAAUGACGUCAUACUUGUUGUAUAGAUGAUUUUUAUAAAUUUUGAUUUCUGUAUAAGGGUAUCAUCUUUGUUUUACUUAAAAGUGAUAUUUCUGUUAUUAUUCAAGAACCAAACGUUCGAACAUGGAAACUCCUGUUUGGUAAGAAUAUUUACAUUUUUUUUAGAAAUAGCUUUGAAAUAAUAUUUUGUCGCAAUUCUAGGUAUUUUCAAAAUUUUGUUUUGUUCAGCGUCCAGUCUAAGUAUCCAAAGCAUAAGUAAGCAAGGGCUUGUAGAACUAAACAGAGGCAGUAAAACCUUUCUGUGAUUUGUUAACAAUAUGUGAAAUAAAAUAUUGAUUCAGCUUGCCUUAAAAAGGCAUUACUGGUAACAACAGAUUGCUUGUUUGUAUAGGUUGUAAACACUCGCAGUAUUUCUAUACAAUGUCUUGAAAGAACUACUGUGAAAUCAGCUAAUUUUGUUGGCUCAUAAUUUUGCAGCUUUAACUUAACAGCACUUUCAUUGUGGCAAAAUUGCAUGAAUUUUAAAAUUCAUAAAUGAAAUGAAUGGAAGGUUUAAUUAUCUGAUGGGAUUAAAUUUCAUUGAUUAAUACAAGCAUGAAAUCCACAAAAUUAGUCUUCCAUGACAAUAAAUGAUUUUACAGUAGUAUGAAUCAUAUGAUAUUGAUAUUUACUGCAUAUGGCUUUUCGAACUGCAUUUAUUGAAAUGUCCAUGUAUUUUCAUUUUAUGUCAGGGCUGAAGAACAAAUAUAUGUCAGUUGUUUAGUAAUACAUUUGUAUAUGUAGAUACAUAUGCAAUAAAAAGAUAACGAGCUUUAAUGCAUCGAGAAAUAUGCACUCGUUCUUUUGCAGAAUUAUACUUUACUCUUAAAACCGCUCAGUAUUUCUGCUGCAGAACUUUUUUAUAUUUCUAGAUACAAAUUAGAUAUCCUUUAAUUAUUUUAAUAAAUUGUUCAUUCAUGUUAUAUACCAUUAAUUUUUGUCAAAAUUGUAAUAUUUAAAAUUCAGUGUUCCCUUUCUUUCUAUCACAGUAUUUUUGUAUUAUUUUAGAAAACUGUGGUGUGUGGUGUAGUUAAAUUUACUUUUGCAAAUAAUACUGUGAGUCUGUGAGACACAAUUUAUGUCUUACCUUGCCCGAAAUAGAUUUUUUUCAGACAUGUUUUUACAGAGCUGACAGACCUUUAAUUAAAAUGCAAAUAGUUGUACAUAUUUGUUAAAGAAGUGUUAAUCUGUUUCUAGGAUUUGUGAAUUUUUGUUAUAUCUAACAAAAAUGCUCAUUUUCCACUUGUGCAAAGAUUCAAGCAAAUCUGCAGUUUCCAGUAGAUAAAAUGGAAAUAAAAUCUGUAGUGUUGAACAAGGGUUUUUACUGUGUGCUGGUAAACCAGGAAAUCCUCUUUUUUGAUUUGGGUGAAGGUUAUUUUUAUUUACAUCUUUAUUAUAGUUUUGUUAUCAUGAAAAACAAACAAGCUUAUUACACAGAUUAAAGAACUAUUAUAAAUUUU